AAAAAGUAAUUCUCGCAACUCAGUCGAAGGCAACGGACACGUAAACGUUUAAAGUACAACGGAUAGCCUUAAAAACGAAGAUUUGCAUGAGGCAAGAGUAGUGGAGCGACAGUUCCCAUCCACAGACAGCGAAGAUGUCACAAAACCAAUCCUAUUUCUGGCAGACGACCAGACACAAUGUAUACCUGAAGCGCACGGCCAAAUGGCACAUGGCGCUGGCCUUGAUGGUGGUGCUCACAUUUGGCACAAUUUGUGCGGCGGAAGCUCAACCAGAUGGUGCGGACAAUGCGGUUAUUGAAUCCGGAAUACAGAGCGACAUGAAGAUGCAAGCAGAUUUGAAUAAGCCAACGGACCUAAGCUCUUUAGCAGAGAAACCAAAGGAUGCUGAAGAUCGGCCAAAGACGAAGGGAAGUUUCAUCGAUGCGUUUACCGCAUCGAUCUCUGUUAUCCUAUUAACAGAGCUAGGGGAUAAAACUUUCUUUAUAGCUGCCAUAAUGGCCAUGCGCCAUCCGCGUUUGAUUGUCUUUGGCGGUGCCAUUGCCGCCUUGGCCCUUAUGACGGUACUCUCAUGCGUAUUUGGCAUGGCAGCGAACUUUAUUCCUAAGACUUAUACGUAUUAUAUCUCAACUGCAUUAUUUUUAAUAUUCGGCUUGAAAAUGCUGUACGACGGCUACAAAAUGAAGCCAACCGACGCUCAGGAGGAAUUGGAAGAGGUUCAAUCUGAUCUGCGCAAGCGCGAGGAUGAGUUGAUGCGCAAAGCCAGCCGAAAGUACGAGGAUUCGGAGGGCAAGCGAAAGAACAGCAACUCGGACAAGGAGGAUGUCAGCGAGCAGGCGCUUAUCCAUGGCCGCAGUUCCGUUUCCGCCGGAGCAGGAGCCACCAGCAUCGGUGACUCCGAUAUGCAGCACCGCCAGCGAAAGCAGCGCAACCACCUCAACAACAAUAACAGCACCAUCACCCAUUCUAAUAGUAAGCAAAACAGCUGUGAUAAAACUGGCACCGAUGACGAGGACCGGGAUCAGCACGAGUCGGAGGUGUUCCUCAAGGAGGGCGGCCGCAUUGUCGAGCAGCUCAAGAUGAAGACCUACCACAGCAGCCCGGCCCACUCGGCGGCCUCAUCGAACCAGACCGAACAAACCAACUCCAUUGCCGCCUCCACAACCACCGUCGAUGUCCAGCUGGCUGGUCAUCCCACCGAUCCGUCCGUCGUAGGUGCCUCGGAGCCCCGGGCUCCGCUGGCCGGACACGAUAGCAUGCACAGCCUCAAUGGCAGCCUAAACGGGGACUCCGCCGGACCGGCUAAUGGCACCCUCAAAGCACGGCUGGACCGUGAUGUGAAUGCGGCGCUUGUAAGUGACGCCGAGAGCGGUCGUCGUCGUCCACAGAAACGCGGUGCCACCUACUUCACCAUGCGCAUCCUGGCCCAAGCAUUCACGAUGACCUUCCUGGCCGAGUGGGGCGACCGCUCCCAACUGACCACCAUUAUUCUCGCCGCCAGCAAGGACGUUUAUGGCGUCAUCGCUGGCGGUAUUAUUGGCCACUGCAUCUGCACUGGCCUGGCUGUGAUUGGAGGUCGUCUAGUGGCUUCCAAAAUCUCUGUUCGCACUGUCACCAUCGUCGGUGGCAUUGUGUUCAUCGGAUUCGCCGUCUACGCUGUCGCCAUGCCACCGGAUGACUUGUAGGCAGGCGAAGCCAUGGAACUCCACACGAGAUCGCCCGUUGACGACCCCACAUUAUUUGAAGAUUUAGUUGUAGUUACUACCUAAUACCCCUCUUUUUUCCUUCGAGGAGCAUGAGGCAUGGCUAGGAUUGUAUUGAUUAAUGUAAAGAUGAAAUCGAUUCAUGUAUCAUGUAGCUUAGCUUGCUUGCCAAACCACAAAACGAAACUAAGAAAAAAACAAAAGUGCCUUCAGUGCUUUCCGCUUCGGCCAUGACAUACAAAUUUAGUUCACACAAAGAAUUCUUCUAUCUUCUGUUUGAAAAUAGCCAACAACAAAUCAACUUUGUCCAAUUGUUUAGUAUUGAUUUGAUAGAACGUACAGUUUCGUUUUCGUGUUAAGUAUUAAAGAUGAUUUUGUACAUACGCGUGCUAGAACCACCAGGUUGCCUAAGCUCCUCCGAUUUUGGACCCUUGCCUACAUAUGCCCACAUCCUUAUUUGCAAACUUGUUUACGUAGCAGUGUUUACUUAAUAGAAACUACCAAAAUGAAACUGUAGAUUUGAUUUUUGCGAUUUUUGUAUGAAAAAAUUAGUAAAUUGAGCAAAACUUAAA